GUUCUGUCAAUUUCGUUUUCCCUGCAUCAGAAACUAUCUCCCUCACCUCCGCCCGAGCGCGUUUCGAAUAAGGGAAGGUACCUUGGAAGGAGGGCGUCUGUUGGUGACCUUCCACUUUUGUCCCUCAUGAAGAGACACAUCCAUGCCGUCGUCGCCGCAGGGGUUGUUUACUGCCUUCAUUUGCUUUCCGCGACGCUGGGGCUGCCGCAAGCCUCAUCUUCUGUUGCUCCCUCAGGAUAGUACUGUCGUCGACAAGGUGGCUUGCCCAGCAAAAGAUGUAGCGUUCUACACCAAUUUGACAGCGAGGGAUCACUAUUUAGACAAAAUCUACGUCUUUGCGUGCGUGUGUGACUUGAAUAUUGUUAUCGAAGACGUGAUGUGUCAACUCCAAAGUCGGACUGCAGAGCACAUUAAGCGAGCAUCGGUUCAACGACCAAAAGUCCAAACGAGAUCACGCUUUCGAUCUACUACCAUUCCGGACUUCAUAACUAUGAGAAGGAACAGGAACGUCUCAGUACUCGGCACGGAGAAAGGACACGAGAAGGAAGGAGCCGCUCAGAGGACGGGUCGUAGGGCCGCGCGAUCCCAAAAUCGUGGGAGGAAAAUGAACAACUGCACUUUCGCGCAUUCAUACAUUGACUUGCGAAGCCUUGGUCGUGUAAGUCCUGACAUGAUAUACUGCAAUUCCUGCACCCAUUCACUCUGAUUCGUGAUUCAGAG